AUGAGGACAGAAGAGAAACUUCACUCAAUAAUACCUGAGAAUAACAGUGUCAUUCGAGUAUCAGACAAAGAGUCUCUCCAGUCAUCUGAAAUACAGGAAGGAUGUGGAACUCGGUUUGGACUAGAAAGCUGUGCAGAGAUUAAUUCACUGAGAAAAGAAUCUCUCUUAGCCAAAGACAGUUUAAGUGAAGCAACCUCAGACAGGAGAGAAGCUGUGGAGGUAGGAUGUGGUGAAAACGUCAUGCAAGAUCCUUACCUAUUUAAGAGGAUGUCUAUCGAGAAAGAAAAGAAAACUUAUAUAUGCUCACAGUGUGGGGAAACAUUACGUUCCAGUUCUUCCCUUUCAAGACAUAAACGAAUUCACAAAGGAGAAAAACCACCUAUAUGCUCAGACAAUGGAAAAAGUUUUAAUUCUCAUUCAGACUUUUCAGUACAUAAAAAGUCCCACGAAGGAGAAAAGCCACAUAAAUGCUUGGUGUGUGGAAAAAGCUUUCCUUAUAGAUCAAGGCUUGUUCCACAUGAAAGGAUUCAUACUGGAGAGAAGCCAUAUAAAUGCUCGGACUGUGGAAAAUGUUUCAUAACUAAUUCACACCUUACAGUACAUAAACAAUUCCAUACAGGAGAGAAGCCAUAUCAAUGUGUAGAGUGUGGGAAGAAAUUUCCAUGGAAACAGAGUCUUCUUCGACACAGAAGACAACACACAGGUGAGAAGCCUUAUAAAUGUUCAGAGUGUGGGAAAACGUUCAGUGUAAGCUCCACUCUUGUUCAACAUAGAAGACUGCAUACUGGAGAGAAGCCAUAUAAAUGCUCGGACUGUGGAAAAUGUUUUAUAACUAAUUCACACCUUACAAUACAUAAGCAAUCCCACACAGGAGAGAAGCCAUAUCAAUGUGUAGAGUGUGGGAAGAAAUUUCCAUUGAAACAGAGUCUUCUUCGACACAAAAGACAACACACAGGUGAAAAGCCUUAUAAAUGUUCAGAGUGUGGGAAAACGUUCAGUGUAAGCUCCGCUCUUGUUCAACAUAGAAGACGGCAUACUGGCGAGAAGCCAUAUAAAUGCUCAGAUUGUGGGAAAAGUUUUCGUUUUAGCUCAAACCUUUUUGUACACAGAAAAACACACACAGGAGAGAAGCCAUAUAAGUGUGUGGUGUGUGGAAAAAGCUAUGUUUCUAGAUCAAAGCUUGUUCAACAUGAAAGAUCUCAUACUGGAGAGAAGCCAUACAAAUGCUCAGACUGUGGGAAAGGUUUUGUUUCUAAUUCAAGCCUUUCAGCACACAAACGAUCCCACACAGGAGAGAAGCCAUAUCAAUGUGUAGAGUGUGGGAAAAGCUUUACUUUCAAAUGGACUCUUGUUCAACAUAGAAGACUGCACACAGGUGAAAAGCCUUAUAAAUGCUCAGAGUGUGGGAAAAGUUUCAGGUUUAGCUCUGGUCUUUUUCGACAUAGAAGAUCACAUACUGGAGAGAAGCCAUAUCGAUGUGUAGCAUGUGGGAAAAGUUUUAAUUCUAAUUCAAACCUUUCAGUACACAAAAGAUUACACACAGGAGAGAAGCCACAUACAUGCUUGGCGUGUGGGGAAAGCUUUUCUUUUAGAUCAAGUCUUUCUCAACAUAGAAGAGUGCACCCAGGAGAGAAGCCUUAUAAUUGCUCAGAGAGCGGGAAAACCUUUAGCUUUAGAUCCAGUCUUAUUCAUCAUGGAAAAUCUCAUAGAAGAGAGAAACUGUACCAAUGCUCUACAUGUGGGGAAAACUUCAAUCAGAAAUUACAGCUUAUCUUCCACAAGGGACUCCACACUCGAGAGAGACCACACAUAUGCCCAAAGUGUGGGAAAUAUUUUCGUCAAGCAACUGAACUUUUGUUACACAAGAAAGCGCAUACACGAGAGAAAUCUUAUUGUUGCUUGGAAUGCAGAAGAACCUUCUAUUGGCACUACCAGUAUCGAGCGCACCAAAUAAUUCAUUCAGAAAUAAAACCAUACAAGUGCUCAAGGUAUGACGCACAAGUGAGUUGUGGUGAGGAAAUGAAUCUUCAGUCAGAAAAACCAGAAGAGAAUGAUCUCAAUGGGACAUUAGGAAGUGAGGUCAAAGGGAUGCCUGAGAUACUAGAAGUCUGUGGAAAUCAGCAGGGACUAGAAAGUUGUGGACAAGUCAAUCCUGUGGAAGAAGAUUCUAUUUUGGGUAACCCAAAUUCAACUGAAAUAGCACUCUGUAGGAAAGAAAUGGGUCACACGGACUCUGUUGGCAGUUGGCCAUCUGAAAGUAGAAAGAAAGAGUUUGUAUGCUCUGAAUGUGGAAGGACUUUUAGUCGGAAUUCAGCCCUGACAAACCACAAAACCUUACAUACAGGAGAGAAGCCACACCAGUGUCCAGUCUGUGGGAAAUGCUUUGGAUAUAAAGCGCUUCUUGUUCGACAUGGAAAAUCCCACACUGAAGAAAAGUUGUACAAAUGCUUAGACUGUGGAAAAACCUUCAGCUGCAGUACCAUCCUUUCAAUCCAUGAACGAACCCACGCAGGAGAGAAGCCGUACACUUGCUCAGACUGUGGGAAAAGCUUUACCCAGAAAAUACAUUUUGUAAAACAUCAGCGGUCUCAUGUGGCAGAAAAACUGUAUCGCUGUAUAGAGUGUGGCAAAGGCUUUGCAAGUCGAUCUACGCUCUGUGCCCACCAGAGGAGUCAUACAGGAGAGAAACCAUAUGAAUGCUCCGAAUGUGGAAAAAGUUUUAGUCAGAAAUCGCAUCUGACCAUCCACAACAGAAUUCACACUGGAGAGAAACCACAUUCCUGUUUGCGCUGUGGGCACAGCUUCAGUAGAAAAUUUGAUCUUCUCUUACAUGAGAGAACCCACACAGGCGAGAAACCCUACCAGUGCUCAGAAUGUGGGAAAUGUUUCUGUCAGAGCUCCCAACUUUUUGUCCACAGAAGAAUCCAUACAGGAGAGAAACCAUUCAAGUGUUUCGAAUGUGGUAGAAGCUUCCGUUGGGAAAGCAGCCUCAAGAUGCAUGUGAGAAAUCACGCAGGAGAUAGGCCCUAUGCCUGCUCGGAUUGUGGCAAAAGCUAUAGUAGGUCAUAUGACUUCAUUAGGCACACGGAAACCCAUACGGGAGAGAAACCACACAAGUGCCCCGAUUGCGGGAAAAGAUUUAGCAAUAAGUCAGUACUUGUUGAACAUAAGAGGAUACAUACUGGAGAGAAGCCAUUUAAAUGUUCAGAGUGUGGGAAAAGCUUCAGUCAGAGGUCAAAUCGCAAUACGCACAUGAGAAUUCAUAUUGGAGGAGAACCAGGACAGAAGUCUGAAAAACUGAGCAAUGGGAAUGCCGCAUCAGUACUGUCUAAAGAAGGUUGCUAGGCAUAUCCCUAGAUAUUAGUAUUUCCUGUUUAAUGGUGCAUUUGUAGUAGGAGAGGUUGCUGUCACAGUGUCUGCCAUCUCAUUCCUUUCUUGAUCCUGCUGCUCAUCCACUUCUGUCAUUGGUGUGUUUGAAUCCAUCAAUAGCAGUGUCUUUGCCGGCUGAUACUAGAAGAGUAGGCACCGCUCGCUCGCAUUCCUAGCAUAUGCACUAUGGGGACUUUCUGGGUGCCAUCUUGUCCCCAUAAUAAUCAAGAUCUGCAUAAAGUUAC